GACGUGGUCACCAGCAUUUACUUUGGCCGCUAUGGGCAUGAGGAAAACACCCUGAUCAUGACGACUAAAGGCGGGGGGUUGAUCAUCAAGAUCCUGAAGCGCACGGCCGUGUUUGAGGAGAAGGACACGUCGCUGGGCCCUCCUGUGGCCCAGAGCAUCCGACUCAGCGUGCCCAAGAAGACCAGGCUGUACGUGGACCAGACGCUGCGGGAGCGCGAGAAUGCCGUGGCCAUGCACCGAGUGUUCCAGAUGGACCUGUACCGGCUGCGGCUCAUGGCAGCCCGGGCCUAUGUCAAGGCGCUGGAGUCCAGCCUGGCACCCGUCACAUCCACACUGCAGGAGCCCCUUAAGAUGAAUGCCGUGGUGACCCUCUUUGUCACCCCCUAA